UUAGGUCCUCUACUGAAAUCAAAGAUGGAACCAAUCUAAAAUUCUCGUCCCGCCGGUGAACAACACCAAACGAGCCGAGCCCUAUACUCCAAUCCAACAUUAUUUAUCUCCGCUUUCUUACCAGCUUUACAACAUUUCUGAUGUAUCAAAAAAUAGAAUAUGUUUUACAGAAUGCUAUUGGAUGCUUUUGAUACUUGGUGGGAAUCUAUCUAAUUUGCUUUCUGAAGAAGGGAGAGGUAUACUUAUUUGACAAGGUCAUAACCUUGUUGGAGUAACUGCUAAAGCAAGGAGAAGUUAUACGAGGGAAUACAAAGGUUCUUUUAGUUGAGUAUAAUUUAAUCCAUCUAGUCAUGGACCAAUACAAAAGAAAUUUUCUCAAGCAACGCUCGAACCCCCAAUUCAAGAGGAAGGCAGGCACUAAAAAUGCAAGGAAUUUUUCUAGUCAUGAGCGAUCAUCUGAAAAUUCUCAAGGUUCAGAUACUACCUAUUGUAUACUUUGUCAAUCCAAAAAAAUUGGUAGCGUAAUUGGAAAAGGUGGUAACAUAAUCAAAGCCUUGAGAGAGGAAACUCAAGCAAAGAUUACAGUUGCUGACAGUGUUCCUGGUUCUGACGAUAGAAUAGUAUUCAUCUCUAGUCCCUCUACGAAGUUAGCUAGGAGACAAGAUACUGACAAGAACAAUGAAAAUCCAGAGACAGGGGAAGAAGAUGGUGCCAUGGAGCCGCAUUGUGCUGCGCAAGAUGCGCUGUUAAAAGUUCACAAUAGGAUUGUUGAGGAAGACUUGCAUGGAGCACAAGAUGAGGAUAAGAAUGAAAUUGAAAUAAUCACGCGUCUCCUUGUUCCGAACAAUAUGGUUGGAUGCCUUUUAGGAAGAAAAGGCGAUGUUAUUCAGAAAUUGCGAAGUGAGACUGGGGCAAGCAUUCGUGUUCUCUCUGCUGAGCAUCUGCCAGCUUGUGCUAUGACCACUGAUGAAUUGGUCCAAAUAUCAGGUAAACCUGCUUUGGUAAGAAAAGCCUUGUAUGAAGUAUCAACUCUGUUGCAUCAGAAUCCACGCAAAGACAAACCAACCUUGAGUUUUCCCACGGUACAUGGUGCUAAAGGUUUUCACCCCCCUGGUCCUCCCAUGGAAAAUAUGAUUCCUCCAGGAAAAUCAAUGUGGUCUCAAAGUAAAAAUAAUUUAAAUGGUAUGCCACCUGCAUUAGGGGUGGGAGGGUAUAGGAACCAGCUUUCUGGAUUUGCUCGUGAGGAUUUUGAUUAUGUUCCUCCCCCUUGUGCUGGCGAAGCUCCAAGUGAUUUCACCAUGAAAAUUCUGUGUUCAGCUGCAAAAAUUGGUGGUGUUAUAGGCAAGGGGGGCUCCAAUGUAAAACAACUGCAGCAGGAAACAGGAGCGAGUAUACGUGUUGAGGAUGUCUCACCCGAAUCUGAUGAAAGAGUUAUUCGUGUCUCCUCUUUGGAGUCUCUUUGGGAACCCAGAUCACAAACUAUUGAUGCCAUCCUUCAGCUUCAAAGUAAAACAAGUGAAUUUUCUGACAAAGGAAUUAUCACUACGAGGCUUCUUGUUCCCUCAAAUAAGGUUGGCUGCAUUCUUGGACAAGGAGGACAGGUUAUCAAUGAGAUGAGGAGGAGGACGCAGGCGGAUAUUCGUGUUCUUUCCAAGGACAAUAAACCCAGAUGCGCAUCUGCAGAUGAAGAGCUUGUGCAGAUUUCUGGAAGCAUUGGUGUUGCAAAAGAUGCCUUGGUUGAGGUUUCUUCAAGGCUUAGAGAAAGAUGCCUUAAGGAUGGAAGUAGUAAAGUGGAGCCUACUCCUGUUAGGCCACUUCCUGGAUUUGUUCCUUCAGAGGAUUUCCGAAGUGGAGAUCCACUACGUUCAGGUGUGAUGGGUGCUGGAAGCUCUAGAAGAUAUGAACAUUUGAAGGGUGCUGUUCGUGAAUAUGACCAUCCAAGUUAUCCAGAUCAUCCCAUUGACACUAGAUACUCAAGUAUCAGUAGUCCCCCAGAGAUGAAGUUUCCAGACCAUUCUUUUGGUUCUGCAAAAGGAACAGGAGGGUAUAACAUUAAUGAGUUUGCUGGAAGUAGUGCAAGAUUUCGGGAUCCUCGUUCUACCGGACCUGGAUUUAUUGAUGAUAUUCGGGGGCCAUCAGAUCAUGUGAAUGCUGGGCACAAUUAUCCUAGGUCUUCCGAGAAUUUGAAUCCUGGGCGCUCUACUUAUCAAGGAUACGGGUCUCCUGCUGGACAGGGCAGCAAUAUUCAGCAAGGUGCUUACCACCCGAGCUACGCUGCUCAACAAAGUGGUUAUCAGAGUUAUACAGCUAAAGGUGGCUAUCCUAGUGGUAGUCCUUCCCAAUUGCCUUACCAGAACACUAAUCCUCAUCAAGCUCCAUAUCAGAACAUCAAUUCACAGCAGCACCAGCACCAGCACCAACACCAGCACCAGCACCAGCACCAGCAGCCACCGCCAUAUCAGAAUAUGGCUGCACAAGGUUCCUACCAUUAUUGAUGCUUGAUACUAAGUUCCUCAGAAUGCUACACAAGCAAUCCAACUGUAGGAUUUCCUUUUCCUCUUCCCAUUCUUGCUUCUAUAGGUUUCCCGGUAAUAGGGAUAUCUGCGAGAACUCGGGACUAAUCCCGAAAGAGGGGUCUUUCUUUAUGGUUAUCUAGAUAUGGCAGGUUUUAGUCACUUUUGUACCAUAAUUUAAUCUCAUGUUGUGCUAUAGUUGUUGCUGAAGUGUCGGUAAGAGAUUAACUUCUUGCACUC